CUCAUAAAGAAAGGGAGGGGAGAGGGGUGGAAUGCCACCGCCUGAGGAAUGUCAACUAUUCAACAUGGAGACGGCGGUUACUACGCUCGAGACCAUGGUGAGUCCCGGGGCUGCCGUCGCGACGAAUGUGGCUGCGGUUUUCUUGAGGGAAGGGGCCGACCGUUGAAAAUGUGGGACCAACGAAUGGGAGAAAGAAAGAAAAAAAAAACACCGGGAGGGGGAAGGAACAGUUGAGGAAGGGGGAAAUGUGAGGGGAUAGUCCCAUCCCCCCCCCCGUUUUGGACCCAACCACACACCGCGGAGAGGCUUCGGAGAAGAUUCCGUUGGGCGAAUCCACUAUCUUCUGAGGGGAGGACAAAAAGGGGCGUGCUGGUUUUGGUCCAUUUCUCUUUGGAGGCUCGCUGUUGGGGGCGUGGCUCGUCUGUGUGGGCGUGGCCCUCCGGCCUAACCCAUUCUCUGAAAAGCCUGCUAUUUACGGGGCGUGACCAGAGCUUCGAGGGGGCGUGGCCCGUCGGAUUGGUCCAUUUCCCCACCCAUCAUUCAUCAAAGGUCCUUUUUCUUAGAGAGAAGGUGGAACAAGAUAAGGCAGUGUAGAAGGGUCCAUGUCCCCCUUCCAUGGGAGGGAAAAUAAGGGUUCAGGCUGGUGCCACUACUAAGCAACAACUCUAAUUGCCAAAAAAAAAUUUAUGUCCGUUUGAACCAAUAAUUCACAUAACAUUAUCUAUGUCCACCUGAACCUGGGUUUCGCUUUUAUAUUAUAUAUGACUUGAUUUCUUUAUAAGCUGUCACCCAUGUACAUAGAUCCACCAGCUGUGGGGUGUAGUGGUUGCCAAUAAAAAACAUAUGCAAAGCAGUAGUUAUUUAAUCAUUUAAGCAGAAUUUGUAUGAUAUAGCACCAUCUAGGUGAGCUUGAACUUUGGUUUCUAUUUUAUAUUAUUAAUAUAUAAUGUUUGGGCUCAAGUAAUAUUUGACCUGUAGCUGUUGCAAUUUUCUUCAUCCCAGGAGUGGCAGCUGAUCUGACAGAGUCUACAGCUUGCUUUGUGUCAGUCCUCCAAGCAAGAGGCCUGACAGUGGUCAGAAAUCCAUCCUUUAGGAGGAAGCUGCAAGAAAUGUAGCACACUCCAGCUUAGCUUGCACGCUAUUGAGAGAAAGGCCUCCAAUUGUGUAUCUUGUCUUCCCUGCUAAGGGUCUUAAAGAGAACAAACAACAGGGGAAAUACAGGUGCAAUACAUGGUAAUAAUUCAUACUCAUCUUUCAAAAUUUCUCAGAGGGCAUUCCCAGAUCUGGAGUAUGAGACCGUAUCACUGUCCUCUUCCAGAGAGGGAUUCAAAGAAUCCACUCCAUUUCUGGUGGAUUUGAGGGAGGGGACAAUGAAACUUCAGACCCAUGAUCCUGACUCAGGGAUUGAAGGAGGUCAGCUGGCUGGAUGAGAACACUCCUUGUUCCUCUCUUUGAUAGUUGGCAUAUUUCUUGGAGGUGGAAGCUGACAAGAACACCAUCCUCCUCUAAAGAUGGAUUUGUGUGGAUAUGCACACAUGCACACACACAUAUUUAAAUGAAAAUACUGAAAGUAACUUUUGUUCCCAAGGAGAAACAGACACCCCCCAAAGAUCUUGCUUGGUUUUUUUUCUUUUUUAAACCAAAGGUGAUGGUGCAUUUCAUAGAGUCAAUUCUUGAAAUGUUUUGUAAGCUUUUCUUUUCUUUUUUGCAAGCCGUUUACAUUUUCAGGAUCUGUUCUUUCUUUUGGAACCAAAGAACGCCCUUCUGAGCCUGUUCGAUUCUGCUUCCUUGUGGAUGGCAAGAGGUGUCUGUCCACUGCCCUUUUUAUGUUGUACUACUAGUGAACGUGCACAAAAAGCAGUGCAAUGUUAAAAGGGCAUUGGCCAGCGAUGCUCAGUCAGCUAAAGUGACAACUUGAAGAGAAGUAUGCAAUCUUUUGUAUGUCUGUAUGUCUGUCUGAAACAGGGGUGGGGGACUCCUUUUUACAGCGGGAAUUUUAAAAUUGGUGUACUGAUAUGUGCACCCAGCUAUAACAUGUGCAUAAAUAAUAGCCUUAUGCAGUUAUUACCUUUCCACUGCAGUUCUUCAAUGGUGCAUCAGCACCCAGUCAGAAAAGAGCCAAAUUCUUUCUUCCUUGAUCAAGACCACUCAAAAUGAGGUGAGAUCAAACUAACAUGGACUGUGGAUGAGUUGGAAACAGCCUGCUGGAAAGAGUUAUGCAUGUGUUGGGAGUUAUGAUUUAGUUUGGAGGCUUCCCCAGCCCUUUUUAAAAGGAGGAGAAGCUGUUUACCUUUUUCUUAUUGUGAAGUUCAUUUAUAAAUUCAAAGUUCAGUAGCCUAUUCAUUGUUCUGAAGGCUUCUUGCAAUGCAUCUAGUGCAGAACAUCUCUCCAAAGCACCUUGCUGCUGACAAGGGCUCUGACUUCAUUGCACUACUGUACUUCCCAAUGAGCAGUGCAAUAGUAUUGUCAAAGCACUUGUGGGCAGGACCCUCAGCAGUGGCCUUGUGGCUUCUCUCUGUUUCUCCAAAGCCUACGUAAGUGAAUUGUGCAGAGGGAGCUGGAAAGAUUUUGUGUUUGCUUUUAUGACUGCAAACAUUAGCUGGAGACUUAGUGAACAAAGGCUCUGGCUAGCAAGUGGAUUUGCUGGAGGGCUGCUUUGAGAAGGGAAUGGAGGAAUGUUCAACCACCACCAAAAUGGGAUGUUGUCCAGUAACCAUAAAUUCUGCUUAUUCACACCUUGCUUAGCUUGGGUUGGCAGGAUUUGUUUUAGUCCGGUGUGUUUUGCCAGUCACUUGAUAGGGAAGGAGACACAGUUCACUGGUAGAGCAUCUGCUUUGCAUGCAGAAGGUCCCAGGUUCAAUCCCUGCCACCCCUAGGUAGGGCUGGGAGAGAGUUCUGACUGAAGUUCUUGAGAGGUGCUGCCAGUCAGAGUAGACAAUACUGAGCCAGAUGGAUCAACAGUCUGGCGGUAUAAGGAAGCUUCCUGUGUUCCUAUUACCUCCUUAAAAAUGACUCUUUGGCUAAUUGAUGGAGCUGUGGGUUAAGGGCACAACUAUCUUUGAGAGUUUUUAAAAAGUCUAUAUUGAUUCUGGCAUGUUGCCGUAAUAGAAGAUAUAGAAGAAUAUUGGAUGGCCUUUAAUUUCCUUUUAAUUAGGAGUGGCACCUUUUGAUAGUUGAAACGGCAGCUUUUGCUUGUUAAAUUGCCAGUUUUCUUGCACGUCUUUCAGCAUCUCAAAGGUACUGGAGCUGCUGGCAAGAUGCACAUUUUAUUUAAAGAUUUGUUUAUUUUUUAAUGCCCUGUCAUUUUUCCUCUUUAAUUUGUUGACGGCCCUGGUAACUAGGUAUCACUUUGUGAGGUCAGCCUGCCUGUUGCAUGAUACAACAAGCUUGUGAUCACUGAGAAAUGGCACUAGUUUUAUUUAUUUUGCUGCUGGAAAGAGGCUUCUUUUCUCUUAUUAUGUGUAGCUUGCUGGAAAUUUGGAAUGGACUGCCAGUUUUCUGAUAUAGCAGCUCCCAGCCUGACCAUGUAAUUCCUUUCAAUGGAAUUGAAAUAUGGAAAUCUGGGUAUGUAACAGGGCAUGCUUACAAUUUUCAGAUGCAACCUUUUGGGCAUCAGGCAUAUCAAGCUUUAACACUGUGAGUUCCUUGCCUGCAAUCCCUAAUUGGAUAGGUGGCAGGAAAACAGAAAGCCAAGUACCGUACUUCUUUACACAUGGAAUUCACUUCUAUAAGAAGUUGUGAUGGCCACUGACUUGGAGGGCUUUAAAAGAGAAUUAGACAAGUUCAUGGAAGAUAAAGCUAUCACUGGCUACUAGCCAGGAUGGCUAUGUUUACUGCCAGUGGCAAUAUGCCUCUGAGUACCAGUUGCUGGGAAUCACAAGCAGAGACAGUGCUGUUUGCACUCUGGUCCUGUUUUCAGGAUUCCCACUUAGGGCCUCUGGUUGGCCACCGCGAUAACAGAAUGCUGGAUGGGCCACAGGUCCGAUCCAACAGCCUGUCUCUUUUCGUGGUCUUUUACAAACUGUUGCAUGUGCUUCGUAUUUUGGGUUCUUGUGAUCGCAAUAACGGUUUUGAUCAGCUAAAAAAAGACCCUCCGGAAUGGGGGUGGGGGAGGCAAAGUAGGGCAUGAUUUCCUCAAGUUAAAUUGUAGUUCUCACAAUGGCCAGCAAGGGCAUUAGGUGCCUGGUGGGGCUAGUUUUGCAGCAGAGCUGCCUGGGACUGGGGCUUCUGCUUCCCAUCGCCUCCAUUAAGGCAGCCUGCUGGAGUGGGCUGCUUCCAGGUCACAGCUGAUGGCAGUGGAGGGGGACCCCAGUGGAGAUGGCUUUUCCAAGGGAUCUGAUGCCCUAUACAGUAACUGCAUAGUCUCCUUUGAGGGUGAGUGAAUGGCGUGCUGCCCUCUUGUGUCCAAAGUCAGGAAACACAGGUCUUUGUCUGUUAGACAUCUCUCUUCCAGCCUUCUGUCCUGCAGGGAGGUACAUUCUUUCGGUUUAAUUCUUUUUUCUUUUAUCAUGUUAAAAUACGUAGGCACCUGUUAGCCUCUAAGUAGGAAGCCUUUAAUUACUAGCUAGCCCCAACUUUUAAUAUGGAGGCCAAUCUGUAUGGCAAGGUAACAUUUCCAGGAUCUGGAUGGCUAAAUUUGGCAAAUAAUAAAGUCCCUUCCCAAAGCGAUGUUUUCCUCUGAAGACAUUCCUUGGGCUGUUUCUGUGAACUGGGUGUGCAGCUGCGAUUCCCAUAAGUCUUUAAUAGCUCCUUUAAGGAACUGAUUACCGUUAAUUAAGUAAUGCCCCUGUCAUCCCACUGUCUUACUCAGUUCCCUGGUGGCUCAGUAAUCAUGAAUAGAGGGGAAUGGUAACAUUGUAAGCUUGAUUAUCUCUUCAUCAGCCUUGUUUAUCAAAUGCCUGGCAAGAGGAGCUAUCAAGAGGAUGAGUUUUGUAGGGUAAUUAUGUGGGAGAGAGACUACAUAACCCAGAUUUGGCAGCCCAUAAGCAGAUCUCUCUUUGUGUACAGAGCUCAUGCUAGUACAGUGGUACCUUGGUAGCUGAACCAUUUGGCUCCCAAACAAAUUGGCUCCCAAGCGCCGCAAACCCAGAAGUGAGUGUUUCAGUUUGCAAACGUUUUUCGGAAGCCAAAUGUCCGACGCAGCUUCUGCUUGAGUGCAGGAAGCUCCUGUAGCCAAUCGGAAGCUGCUUCUUGGUUUUCAAACCAUUUUGGGAGUUGGAAAUGGAUUAAAUUCGAGAACCAAGGUACCAUUGCAUGCUAUACCAUGCAUGUUGUUUGUAUGAGAACUCCUUUUGGCCCAGUGAAUGAAAUGAUCACACUUCAUUCUCUCAAACUCCUUCUCAAAAAAGAGAGAGUCAGUGUGGUGGCCCAGGACAUCAGCAUUCAUAUCCCUGCUCAGCCAUGAAAUACUGGGUGACCUUGGGGCAGUUACAGUCUCUCAACCUACUCUACCUCACAGGGUUUUUGUGGGGGGGGGGAGUGGGAAAGAAAAGAACCAUGUAUGCCACCUUGAGCUCCUUGUAGGAAAAGUGGGGUAGAAAUGUGAUAAUAAAAACUUGCUUCUCUGUAUACCUUCAUGGCAGUUAAGCCAAGCUCAAGCUGGCUUACAGCACCUAGCCUUGUAUUUUUUGUGCCAGGGAAGGUGGCCUUGUGCUGGAUUGAGGGGAAGGUGUCAUAGGUGCCAUUUGUUCCCUUCUGACAUAGAGAUGGAAAUGGUUUGAUGAAGGAAAACUACCUGCCUUUGAAGGUGACUCUUUGCAAUGUAGGAAGUCCAGAAUGUGACUUGUGAAGAAACCCAAGGACAGAGUCUCUUUCCUGGGUGGUGGGCCAGUUCUUGAACACAAUUAAAGUAAACCUUUUUCAGAGAAAAGAGCGGACUCAACCUCCAGUUUCAAUUCAGGGUGAGGGGAAAUGUGCCUCUGCUGUCAAAGUUUUGAAAACACGAAACAGGAACUAUCAGAGCCUAUGUGUUGUAUCCAGUGUAGUCCUAUUGGCAGUGUGCUUGUUCCACUUUGAAAUUUUGUGUGCAAUUGCUUCAUCCACCACUGCCUUGGUGCAGGGGGUGGCGUCGGGAGGAAGAGGCAGCCCGCCUGCCUGCUGGGGCGAAGGGAAAGGCAGACAAAUGCACGAGGCACUGCCUGGCUGCGGACGCUGCCUGACGCCCCUGCCGGACCCAGUGCUUGACAACAUCAGACAGCCCUGCUCCACAAAGCAUGGAUUGCACCCCACGCCUUGUGGAAUGGUGAGCGGUGCCAAGGCUGCCUGAUACUGCUGAGCGCUGGGAGCAGAGGGCAUCCCUCGGCCAGGUUUCAACAUUGGGAUGUAUCGGCAGAUUGCGAUGUCUGGCUGGUGAUACAUUGUGAAGUUGAAAAGCUGACAUCGCCCAGCCCUAGUGCACCUUUCUCUAUCUUCUCUCCACAUCCCCUGCACUUAAUGUGUGUACUGCAACAGUAGGGGUGUUUGGUUUCCAAUUUAUAUAACAGAAUUGUGAUUGACCAUUUGGGUGUUUUAGUUCCAGAAGGCCGAAUCCGACCUGGAUUACAUUCAGGCAAUGUUGGAGUUUGAAAUGGUGAAAGGGCAUGCUGACGGACUGUCUAAAGAGGUACUGAAUCUUUUAAUAUAGGUUGUAAACCACUUUGAGUCGUCCCCCCGCCCCUUAUAAAGCUAUAGAAAUGAAAUGAAAAUAAUAAUAAUAAUAAUAACUUUGCUUAAGGCUGCACUCCUAUCUCCACUUACCUGGGAAUAAGCCCCACUGAACCACGUGGGGUUACUUCUGAGUAGCUAUAUCUAGGGUUGUGCUGAAAGUAGUGGUGUGAGUUUUCUGAAAAAUGUUGGAAUUCAUUUUCUAUAUGCAAAUUAGCUAGAUUUGCAUAGGGAAAUUUGCAUCAGAAAAUUUUCCGGUGUCCUAGAGCACCUUUAAUUGACUUGGUGCUCUCCAGAUGCCAUUGGACUGAAACUCCCAUCAACCCACAGCCAGUAUGGCUAAUGGCCAGGAAUGAUGGGUGAUGCGGUCCCACAACAUCCCUAGGGGCAUCAUGUUGGUUGCCACUGCCCCAGAGAGUAAUCUAAUUCAGCUUGUUUAUUUUAUUUGUAUUCAGUAAACAAAGCUUUUUUAAAAAGUAUCCCGUGUUAAUUUUUUGUCCACAAACAUUUGAAUUUGUGGUGGUGGACAGCGGAAUUAAACAUGACAAAUAUUACACAGCGAUGCUCAUUGGGAUGUACAUGCUUUAAUUUGCUGAAAUUUAUGGGUGGUGGUGGUGGGGAAAUCACAGAUGCCUGAAUCUGGCGCUCUAAUUAAUUUUAGCAACCCAUAAUAUACUGACUCGCAUACUUGCCAAGGAGAAUUGCCUGAAAAACAUCACCAUGUCCGUGCUGCACUGUGCAAGUUCUCUGGUCACAUCCACACCAUAUGCUUCCAGCACAUGGCUUUCCCCAAAGAUUCCUGGAGACUUUCGUUUAAGGGUGCUGUGAAUGGUAGCUCUGUGGGUACAAACUAUGGUUCCCAUGAUUCUUUAAGUGUAUGGUGUGGCUGUGACUUUUAACCCUCCAGUUAGCUGAAUCUGAUUGGGUAGGCCUCCCAUUUGUGUUGUGUUUUGAGGGUCCUUUCUCCUCCCCACCCCCAUUUCUGCUUCUCUUCCAACUGUGCAUCUUCCUUGCUUUGGCAACAGGAGAAUCCUCUGGUUGUCAUACAGCAGCUGUCACUGGUGAAGUCUCGCUACAAAAUGUUGUGUGAGCAGCUAGAAAGGAUUUCUACCGAGCGGCGGGAGUCCAUGCGGUCGAUCCGUGCUACUCUGGCCAAAACAAUGAAGCUGGUUCAGGAAAUACAGCACCACACUGGAAUGGAGGUAGCGCUCUUGAGUUGCCUGGCUUGAGGGACGUGUCUGUGCACGUGUAUAGAUAUAGGGAGAGACAGAGAGCAUUGGACUUUCCUCCAUCAGCAUAUAGGAACUUCAGGAAAGAACACAAGUUGCUUGAAGUGUGCAUCUGUAGGUAAUUGGUCUGAAAUGUACACCUGCUGGUAUUCAACUCCUGCUUUUGAGCUUCCCACUGGGGCUUCUGGUUGGCCGCUGUGAGAACAGGAUCCUGGACUAAAUGGACCACUGGCCUGAUCCAGCAAGGCCCAUCUGAGCAUAUUCUGGGUUUCAGUUUGACUCAGUUGGGCCUUGGCAUUUCCCAUCACAAGCUAUGUGAGCACCAGGAUCAGUCCCAGGGCAUAUCUUAGAACAAGACCUGGAAGAUUUCAGAGUUGUAGGAUCUACUAUGCUACAUUCCUAGGAUCCACUGGCUGGAGUCAGAGGGUUGGGGGCUGUGGAGCCUGUUGCAAAGUGUUGGCUAGGGGGCAGACCCCAUAUUCUAUCACUCUUCGUGAGACAUAUCCUGGGACAAGGGUAGCUGAUGCAUUGGACCCCAACUCCCAUUCUCCCUGGCCCUUAGCUGUGCUGUGGAUGAUGGUAGUUGGAGUCCCCAUGACUUCUGGAGGGCAACAGGUUGGCUUACCCUGCAUAAUAGUAGUAUCAGUAAUUUUAUUAUUUAUACCCUGCCCAUCUGGCUGGGUUGCCCCAGCCUUGGAAUAUCCUACAUAUUACUAAAUUACUAAAACCUACAGAUUUUAAAUCUCUACAAACGGGUUUUUUUAAAAACCACCCAGCAUAACUUCCCAAAGACCUGGUCAAAGGCAACCAACGAAUUUCACAAGUGAGGAACAUCUGAAGUUGACGCAGAAGCUAUUAGCAUAAGGCCUGCCAUGGCACAUAUAUAUUUGUUUCCUUCAUAUUUGAUUGGAAGUUGGAACCCUCUGCCAAUCUUGUUUGAUGAUCUAAAAUAUGGCUAGGAAUGUGAACAAAUGACCUUUGACAAAAGAAAUUACAAAACAUUACAGAGAUUAGAGACAAGAUUUGAUGAGGUUCUUGAGGACAAUAUUUAUUUUAUUGCAGAAUGUAAACAGCCCUGCUUAAGAUGUUCCUCUCUCUUGUCCCCAGAUCUCACCUCUAUCUGAAGAAGAAGAACUUGCAAUGCAUCACUUAAUGUACCAGACUGCUCAAGUAUCAGAUACCCCAGAAAAACAGGUAAUUCUGAACCCUGGGGAUCUUGUCUGUGUUUUUGCUGAGUAGCUCCAGACAGGGUUCGAAAUUAGCGGGUGCCAGUUGCAUUUUGCAACUUGCAACUGGCCUUUUGCGACUUGAUGGCGAUGUCCAGGUGCCACUUUUGGCACCCAGCAUCUCCACCUGCCUGGCCGGGUGAUUCAGGGGGUCUGGUCUCCAGGGUAGCACGGCAGCAAAAGGCAUGUCUUUUGCUAUCACUCUACCCUGCCAAACAGCUGCUUUACCCAGUAGUGCAGCAGCAAAAGUCACGUCUUUGUUUUUUUGCUGCUGCUACGUCUUCUGCUGCUGCGCUGCCCAGGAGACCCUGGUUCACCCGGCAGCAAAAAAAUAAAUAAAAACGCGCCACGGUGGCGGAAAAGUGGCUUAUGUUCCUCUCCUACUCCACAAUUUAAAAAGUAAUAAUAGAAACAAGGCAAUACCUCCUCUCCCACCUUUUUGCCUGUAGAAAUCGUUACUUGACCACUUGCUCAAAUUUGAGAAGCGCUAAAGAAUGGGCUCGCACUUUCUGCUCCCUUUUAAUAUUUUCACAGAUAUGCUUUGAAACCUAACUACAAAACAUAUUUUGGGCUCAUGCUUGGGUGGAAUAAGACUUCCACAAUCAUUCCUGAAGUACUGAGACAUUGAAAGUUCCAUCUGCAUCUUUAUUAUCUGUAGUAGCAGUUCUCCUGUGUAUGAGCACCAGCUUAAUCUUGCUCUUGUCUAGUGGGCAGGGGUGUGUGAAUUCAGAUAGGUGGUGAUAUGUGAUCCUUCUGCAAAAGUUAACACAAUUCAUAAGAAAUAUGGCAGCAAAAUAUGGCAGCCUGUGAUUCUUGACUUCUGUAGUUUAGAGCAAUGUCUUACAAAUGAAAAGUAGUUCCUUUUUUUCUUCUUCCCCUUUGAGGACAGAAUAUGAUUUGUCUUUUUAAAAAUGUUGUUCUUCUUUUCUGCAGAAUUGUCCCAAAGAGCAUGAAACCCACUGAUCCCAGACAAAAAUUCCAAAAAUAGCUUGUAUGUGAGGGCACUCAUCAGAGUUGGAAGUUGAAAACUGAGGCUACACUUUAAAUGUCUAGAUUGCUUGUGUUUUCUUUUUAAUAUUGGUACCCAAGUUUCCUGUACAUACUUCCUAAAUUGUUGUCAGAUGAACAAUGACUUGAACGUUUUGUGGUGGUGACGUUGUUGGUGUUGUGAUGGGGUUGAUAUUGUAAUGUUCCAAAGGUGCUUUCAACCAGAGCUUGUGGUCCUCUGGAUGCUAUUGGACUAUAACUCCAAUCAUCUCUCACCAUUGGCCAUGCUGGCUGCUGGGAGUUGGAGUCCUACAACAUCUGGCAGGCAUCCUGUUGGCUAGUCUUGCUCUGGGUUAAUUCAGUCUGCUGCUUACACUAUACAAUGAAUGGAAGCUGUUUUUGAUACAUUGUACAGUACCUUUCUCUUUAAUGUGGAUCAACUUGUAUAUUCAAAGCCAGGCUUUCUCAAACUCGGCCCUCCAGAUGUUUUGAAACUACAGUUCCCAUCAUCCCUGACCACUGGUCCUGCUAGCUAGGGAUCAUGGGAGCUGUAGGUCAAAAACAUCUGGAGGGCCAAGUUUGAGGAAGCCUGAUUCAAAGCCAUAGCUGUACCUUUGAAACAGUAGCCAAAUUGACACAUUGUGCUUAAAGUUGUAUUGCAUUUUUUUAAAAAAAAUACUUAGAAACAAUAAAGAUAAAUGUAUGACAACACAAA